UACCAUGGCGACGGAGACGCCACCGUCUGCUGUUCACAGAUACAAAGUGCCCCUAACGUUAUUGCUGUUAAUAUACACAGAUCUUUUUUAUUGCCAGCAGUUUGUCAUCCCAUAUAAAACUCCUUCUGACUGUAGCGCGGAGGAAUUUUUCGAUAUCUCGAGUCUGUCGUGUGUGAGCUGCGGUUCAAACCAGCGACGGAGCACAACAGGACUGAGCUGCGUUUGCAAAACUGGGUACCAAACUCUCAUCACUGACAAGGUGUCCAUCACUUGCCAGCAGUGUCCACCUGACAAACCUGCAGUAACAAAAGGCGGGUUUGGGUGUAUUCGCUGUCCAGGCAGUCUCACUGAAGAGGGGGAGUGCCAGUGUGCACAAGGCAACAUCCUGGUUGAACGAGACAUCAAUGGAAACCUUUUGGAUGAGGCCAGGUGUGAAACAUGUAAUGGAAACUCCCCUGCUUCAUCUGUACCAAACCUCAGUGGAGACAGGUGUGAAAGAUGUCAGGCUACCUUCAUGAACUCCUCCUGUGAGUGUACCCCUCCCAAUGUCCUGGCAGGAGGUUUGUGUAUCCCUCCAGGCAGCCUCUCCACCAAUGUGAAUCCCAGUGUCAGCUAUGCUCAGCUGAAAUUCAGUGUCCAGUCUGCCUGGUUCGUCAAAAACCUGUACUCCUCGUCAGCAGCCUGCCUUGUCUUCUCCAACCUGACGGCGUGUCAGGCUCUCGGGAACAUGUGUGUGAUGAACAUGCACUCCUUCAGCGGCAUCUCCACUGAUGCCUGCGGUCUCUUCAACAUCGUCUUCAGAUCUAGGGCUGCUAUGAGCUCAACUCAAGACAUCUCCUACUGGAGAGGUAACCUGCCGUGGCUUUACUACGGGGACGAGCCAGGACUGGCCAGUCGAGUGCUUCAAACCGAACCUGUUCCCAUUGGGUUCAGUUUCCGAGGAAGAAACAAGAACACUGACAUCAAGCUGCUUGCUGCUGUCUACAAUGUCAGAGGAGAGUUCCUCAGAUGGGAACCACUAGGAGGAAGUAAUCUCCAGCUUUGCCCAGAAACGACCACCAAACAGGCAGCUGCGUUCAGCUUUGGAACCGCUUACCAAGAAAGUUGCGAUCUCUCAGUUAAAGAGCUGUUGGAUACCCAUCCAGAGCCGCUGUUCUAUGAUGUGUUUAUGGAUCUUGGUGGAGAAGAGAACAAAAAACUUCUCCCUCUGCCUACACUCGUCUACAACCAGCAAUACAACGGACGCUUCAUCAACCAAGAGAGCAUGAAGAACUGGUACCUGUCUCGACGUAUGUUUGUUGUCGACACACUGAGCGGAAGAGAGAAGAGCACCGGCUCCCAGCCCAAAGUCAUCCGUGUAGCCAGCAGUGUCAAAAUAAGGUUCCAGCUGGUUCCACGAACCCAGGAAGGACAUGUAUUUCCCCCUCUGAUGACUGUGACCUACAGAGAUGUCCCCAUCAUGGAUAUAAAAACACAAACUGUGACUACAACGUUUGCUGUGGAGUAUGAGAUGGAUCAAAAGGAGGCUCGCAUGAAGACAGAUACUGCUCUAGGUGUGAUGGGUGGUGUGGCCAUCCUCUACUCUCUGCUCAAGACAGUCAGCUGGAAGAGGAGAAUUGCCUCUCCGCUCGUCGAUGUGGCGACUAUGCUGAAGUUUUUGUUGUUUUAUGCCGGAGAUCUGGCCAAUGUUUUUUUCACUGUCACCGUGGGAACUGGACUUUACUGGCUCAUCUUUUACAAGACGUUAAAGGCCCAACAGUUUGUAUCAGUGCUGUUACCGCUGCCUGCUCAGGAGGAGCAGUUUGUGACAUAUAUUGGUUGCGCCUUCACUCUCAAGGCUAUCCAGUUUCUGCACAAGCUGAUCCUUCAGGUGACAGUUGAUGUGUUCUUUAUUGACUGGGAGAGGCCGAGGAGCAAAACUAGCAGAACUGUACAAGCCACUGGUGAGCUGAAACGUGACCCCUCCCCAGUCAGCAUCUGGAGGACCUACUUUGUGGCCAAUGAAUGGAACGAGAUUCAGACCAUCCGCAAGAUCAGCCCAACCUUUCAGAUCAUGGCUGUGCUCUUCUUUCUUGAGGUGCUGGGUUUCUCUAACCUGGCCCUGAGGGACCCCUGGCCAACUUUACAGCGCUCCUCACAGGCGUACACCCCUUCAUACAGCCUGAUGCUGCGCUAUGGUCUGGCAGCCACGUUGUGGCUCUGCAUUGGACUUCUGCAGGUGAUUUUCUUCACUGUGUUUCAUGAUCACUUUGUGGAGGAUAAAAUCCGUCAGUUUGUAGAUCUCUGCUCCAUCAGUAAUAUUUCUGUGCUGCUAUUAUCUCACCGUUGUUUCGGCUACUACAUCCAUGGGCGUUCAGUACACGGACAUGCAGAUACAAACAUGGAGGAAAUGAACAACAACCUGAACAGAGAAUCUGAGUCCCUGUGUGGUCAGAGAGGUUUACUCCCCAACACAGAGAUCCAGACCUUUCAGGUGUCUCUCAACAGCCACCUGCGGGCACAGUAUGACAGGAUACGGGAGCAGAUCGGCAGGAGGCACGGCCCGUCGCGGCUGGUGGACGCAAGCUUGGCUAACCACUUUGAGCAGAGGGCCAGAGGCUACCAGACCAUGAACCACUUCCUGGGAUCUAUUAUAGACCAUGGACAUCCAGACAUGGACUAUAUAGUGAAGGACAAGCUGAUCUUUGAGAGGGUCAUAGGGAUGGAGUUCCUUGAACCCUCUGAAAAAAGCAUCUUUUACAACGAUGAGGCCCACUCCUUCAGUGAUGUGCUAUUUUAUGGAAACGAGGCCACACUACUGAUCUUUGACACUUUGUUCUUCUGUAUCGUUGACCUCGGAUCUCAGAGCUUUGUACUCGCAGCCGUGCUUACAUACGUACAGCAGAUGAUAUUUCGCUUGAUCCGUAACACUCUCGGGAGGAAGAACCUCGUCAACAAGACUCUGGUGGACGAGAGAUUUCUGAUAUAAAGUUCCUUGCUAAGUAGUUGGUGAUGUCAGUGUUGUUUGGUGGCAUUGCUCUCAAAAUGUUUACUGUUCACAGCUUGUGCAGCCUUUUUUUGUACUUUUCUUUACACAUACAGUAUUUUCACGACUGUUUCAUGAUGUAAAUAUCAUAAUUUUUCUAAAGAUUUUGAUGUUUUUAUUGAUUAAAAUGUUUUGAUAUGAA